ACCACCACGAUAGCCUGAGAACCAGAGGCAUGUCACCCUGCCCAUUUGGCCAGAUAUAGCAUGAUCUGGAAUUUCAGGUCUAUAAAUCACUUGGUGGGGGGGGGCUCUUAAAGCUGUUCUCCCACACUGGUCUGCUGCUUGACCUCUUGUCCCCUCCUACAGACACCCUCCCCUCUUCCAGGAAACUGGCCCAAGGAGGGGCCUGAGCAUAUAUAAGAAGCCACUGCGGGAGGGGCUGGCCAGAGAGGCUUUUGGCAGAGAAGGCAGGACUAUGGCUUCUGCAGCAGCAGAGGCAGAGAAGGGGUCUCCGGUUGUAGUGGGACUGCUGGUCAUUGGCAACAUCAUUAUUUUGCUGUCGGGCCUGGCCCUGUUUGCCGAAACGGUGUGGGUGACAGCUGACCAGUACCGCGUGUAUCCACUGAUGGGCGUCUCCGGCAAGGACGACGUUUUCGCCGGCGCCUGGAUCGCCAUCUUCUGCGGCUUCUCCUUCUUCGUGGUGGCCAGCUUCGGUGUGGCCGCUGCCCUCUGCCGUCGCCGGUCCAUGAUCCUCACGUACCUGGUGCUCAUGCUCAUCGUCUACAUCUUUGAGUGCGCCUCCUGCAUCACGUCCUACACCCACCGAGACUACAUGGUGUCCAGCCCAUCCCUGAUCACCAAGCAGAUGCUGACCUUCUACAGUGCAGACUCGGACCAGGGCCGGGAACUGACCCGCCUCUGGGACCGCAUCAUGAUUGAGCAAGAGUGCUGUGGCACGUCAGGUCCCAUGGACUGGGUGAACUUCACAUCAGCCUUCCGGGCCACCACCCCGGAGGUGGUGUUCCCCUGGCCCCCACUGUGCUGUCGGCGGACAGGCAACUUCAUCCCCCUCAAUGAAGAAGGCUGCCGCCUGGGCCACUUGGACUACCUGUUCACCAAGGGCUGCUUCGAACACAUUGGCCACGCCAUUGAUAGCUACACGUGGGGCAUCUCAUGGUUUGGCUUUGCCAUCCUGAUGUGGACGCUCCCUGUGAUGCUGCUCGCCAUGUAUUUCUACACCACGUUGUGAGGAACAAGAAGGCAAGGCCACGUGCGCAGCCCAGGCCUCCUCCUGCCCUACUUCCUCCGGCUGAGGCCCGGAGGGCCGCCUCACCUCUCCCCUUCCCACCCCCCGUCUCUUCCCUCUUUCUACUCCAAAGACCCUUUACCAGGUUUCUGAGCUGUGUUGGAAGUUGGGGUGCCCUGAACCCCGUGGACAUGUGUGCACAGACCCUUAGCCCUUAACCUCUUUUCACUUGGCUAAUUCCUGGCCCAUCUUUCAGUGUCAACUUAAAGUCCUGUCCUCGGGGGCCCUUCCCUGACCCCCCACCCCGUUCACAGAUGCCCCUCUUGUAGCCCCCUGAGCUCCUCCUUCACGGUCGAUGUCGCCACCAUCACUGAAUGGCAAUGUGGUUGUCUAUUUAAGCUCUGGUAGACUGAGACUGCCGUGUGGGGAGGCACGAGUUCUGUCAUGGUCACUUUAUUGUCCCCAGCAUUGCCCAGCACAGGUCUGAGCACAGAUACUCAAUAAACACUGCUUGAAUGUGUUGAUUUGUUUUCUUAUGAAGCAAAGGCGAAUGAAGAAGAACUCUUCCCAUGAAAAGAGCAGAAACCCAACUGGCACUGUCUAAAACAUCAAAUGGAAUUUACUAGCUCAUGUAACUGAGUCAGUAGGGCUGGCUUCAGGCAUGUUUGGAUCCAGAGGUUCAGUCUCGGUUUCCAGGAAGCCCGUUUCAUUCUCAGGCAGAAUUUCUCUGGCAACACCAGACUUACACCUCCAUAGCUCAGCAACACAGCAGCAAGAA